GCGCACCGGUGACCCGGAUGUGGCGCAGCUUGUGUUGACAUCAGAGCGGCGGCGAACUUCAUCAGAUCAUGUUCAUAUUUGUCCGUUUCCUGUGAGUCGAAGCGGCGCGUCAGUCGCUGUGCGGGCGUCAGGUGUGCAGCAUCUCCAUGUGUAGCUCCUGAGUCCCGGAGCGUGUCGUUUUGUUGUUGACCUUCUGACUGACCCGAGGUCAUCAUGGCCAGUAAAGCGGGAGACGACCCGGACAGCCUGAUGUCUCUGUGCACCGUCUUCUGCCUGAAGAACCUGCGGAGAACCAUGUGCUACAGCGAAGGAGAGCAGAACCGGCUCCAGCUGCGGCCGGACGUGUUCCUGCCCGGCGAGAUCUGUGACCGGCUGGUGAACGUGUACAUGGAUCUGGUCCACACUGACAGUGACUUUGAGGCGCAGGACGGCUUCUUCCAGAUCUUCAGUGACCCGCGCAGCACCAGACUGACCCGCCUGCAGCUGAGGGAGGAUCUGGUGCUGGACCGAGACCUGGAGGCCAUCAGGGAGCAGGAUCUGAUGGAGCUUCACCUGACCUACUGCAGUCGUCUGACGUCUCGAGGCCUGCGGACGCUCCACAGCUUCAGACACUCGCUGCGGUCUCUCAGUCUGUUCGGCUGCUCUGACAUCUUCUUCAGGAAGGGCGGCGCUCCGCUGGCGUACGGAGAGGAGGACGAGGACGAGGAUGAUCUGCAGCGGCACUCUGUGGACAAGGACUUCAGCUUCCAGGGCUUCGAGCGUCUGCGUGUGCUGAACCUGGCCGGUCUGCCGGCGGAGCUGGACGUGGAGACACUGCUGCGGCCGCUGACCUCUCUGACCUCUCUGGACCUGUCUGCUGUCCAUCUGCCCCGGCCGGCCUUCCUCACGCACUGGAAGGACAGACUGGCGUCGCUGGUGCUGUAUAACGUGGAGCUGACGGAGGAGCUGAUCCACACACUGCUGCAGAUGAGCAGACUCAGACAUCUGGAUAUCUCUCGAGAGAAUCAGAGAACGUCUAAAUUCAAGAUGACGAGGAAGAUCUUGAGCAGUAUCGUUCAGAGUCUGGUCAAUCUGGUGUCUCUGGACAUCUCUGGACACAUCAUGCUGGAUAACUGCACGGUGCCGGCGUUUGAGGACGCUGUGGGCCGGCCGAGCAUAGAGCCGUGUAAGAGCAGCAUUUACCCGCUUCAGGAGCUGAAGAGACCGCUGCAGUUCUUAGGACUGUACAACACAACACUCUGCAACGUCACACACAUCCCUGCACAUAAGGUCACCGGCUCCAAGAACGAGGAUCAGAUCCUGAACGCUAUCGAGGCGUACACAGAACAGCGUCCCGAGCUGGCCCACCGAGCCAUUAACCAGCUGUUCGACAUCGCCCGGAUUCAGCACUGCAGCCAGCUGCUGCGAGCACUGCAGCUGGUGAUCACAGCGCUGAAGACUCAUAAAUAUGACAAGAGCAUUCAGGUGACGGGCAGCGCCGCUCUGUUUUACCUCACCAACACCGAGUACCGCAGUGAGCAGAGCGUGCGUCUGCGCAGACAGGUCAUACAGGUGGUGCUAAACGGCAUGGAGCAGUACCAGGAGGUGACGGUCCAGAGGAACUGCUGUCUGACGCUCUGUAACUUCAGUAUUCCUGAGGAGCUGGAGUUCCAGUAUCACAGAGUCAAUCUGCUGCUGCUGAAGAUCCUGGAGCCGGCGCGUCAGGACGAGUCCAUCCAGCGCAUCGCCGUCCAUCUGUGUAACGCUCUCGUCUGUCAGGUCGACAACGACCACAAAGAAGCCGUCGGCAAGAUGGGAUUCGUCAAGACGAUGCUGAAUCUGAUCCAGAAGAAGCUGCAGGACAGAAUGUGUGAUCAGGUGAUGGAGUUCUCGUGGAGUGCGCUCUGGAACAUCACAGACGAGACGCCUGAUAACUGUCAGAUGUUCCUGGAGUGUAAUGGCAUGAAUCUCUUCCUGGAGUGUCUGAAGGAGUUUCCUGAUAAGCAGGAGCUGCACCGUAACAUGCUGGGGCUGCUGGGUAAUGUGGCUGAAGUGAAGGCGCUGAGGCCGCAGCUGCUGACCAAGCAGUUCAUCACAGUGUUCAGUGAGCUGCUGGACAGUAAAGCGGACGGCAUCGAGGUGUCCUAUAAUGCCUGUGGAGUCCUGGCACACAUCAUGUUCGACGGGUCGGACGUCUGGACCAUGGAGGAGCCCAGCAGGUCACAUGUCAUGGACAAGAUGUGGGCAGCCAUCCAGAGCUGGGACGUCAGCUCGCGACGCAACAUCAACUACAGGUCGUUCGAGCCCAUCCUGCGUCUCCUUCCUCAGAGCUGUGCUCCGGUCAGUCAGCACUGGGCCACCUGGGCGCUCUAUAACCUGGUGUCUGUUUACCCGAGUAAAUACUGCCCUCUGUUGAUAAAGGAAGGCGGCAUUAUUCUGCUGCAGAAAGUUCUAGAGCUGGAGUCCUCUCAUCAGGAGACCAAAGACAUGGCACGUAAAGUGAUGGAGCAGUGUGAGAACUUCCAGGAGGAUCCGAUGGACACCAGCAGGUAAAGACAGACGGUCACCAGCGCUGGACGUCCAUCUGAUGUGAUCGUGAUGUUCCUCACUGACACUGACGGCACAGAAACACCUGUGUGUUCAUGAGGAGGACGCUACGCUGCUCUCCUACAACACACCUGUGUCACGUCACACUACAGUGAGCUCACGAGCGUGUGUGUGUGUGUGUGUGUGUGUGUGUGUGUGUGUGGCGGGCUCGUUUCUGUGUUGCACAUGGACAGCAGUGAGAGCUGCCUUAUUCUAGGGUUGUUUUUAUUUGUAAAUGAUAAUGUGCCCAAGUGUUUGUGUGUAUAUAUAUAUAUAUAU